AUGUCCUCCUACAAGCUGGUGCUGAUCCUGCAUAGUGACAGUGCCUGGAACCUGGAGAACCGCUUCAUCCGCUGGUACCACAUUGACCAGAGCCUGGGGGGCCACGAGGAGGUAAAGCAUGGUGGGCAGGCGCUGCGAGACGCUGGCUAUGUGUCCGACAUCUGCUUCACCUCUGUGUGGAAGCAAGCCAUCCGUAGAUUUUGGACGAUGCUGGACAUCAUCGACCGGAUAUGACUGCCGGUCGUGAGGCUGUGGUGCCUCAAUGAGUGCCACUAUGGGGGGCUGAGGGACCUCAGCAAGGCGGAGACCACCGCCAAGCACAGUGAGACCCAGGUGAAGAUCUGGAGGCGUUCCUACGACGUGCUGCCGCCCAUGGAGCUUGACCUCCCCUUCUAUGGUAACAUCAGCAAGGAUCGUAGGUACGCAGACCUCACUGAAGACCAGCUACCCUCCUGUAAGAGUCUGAAGGACACCAUUGCCAGAGUGCUGCCCUUUUGGAAUGAGGAAAGCAUUCCCCAGAUCAAGGAGGGCAAGUGGGUACUGAUCGGGGCGCAUGGCAACAGCCUCCGGGCCAUUGUCAAGCACUUGGAAGGUGUCUCUGAAGAGGCAAUCAUGGAGCUGAACCUGCCGACUGGGAUGCCCAUCGUGUAUGAGUUGGACAAGACCUUGAUCCCCAUCAAGCCCAUGCAGUUCCUGGGGGACGAGGAGACCGUGUGCAAAGCCAUGGAAGCUGUUACCACCCAGUACAAGGCCAAAAAGUGA